CCCUGCAGCCAGAGGCUCCGGUGGGCCACCUGGGAGUUGAGUGCUGGCCUGCUGGCCGCCUGUCCCCAGGCCUGGCCCAGCCUCCGGAAGGUAGCCUGGUCCCACCCCCGCUGGGGCCGCCCGUGGGGGCCAUGUGGCCACACAAAUGACCAGCCAGGCUUUCCUGGAGGCCGGGCCUCCCAGAACUGGCCCCGGAGUUUCCUGCCCGAGAGGCUCCCCGCAAGCCCGGGACACCAGAGGUGGGGACCGGUCGCCCCAGGACACAGUCAGGCAGCUGGUGUCUGCACCCAGGCCCGGGCCUCGGACCUGGUCCCUGCACCAGAGGCUGCCCAGAGCCCAGGCAAGCGGGCAGGAGGGUCGGACCGGAGCUGCCACGGGAGGGACGGGGGCCGAACCCAGCGUGGCCCCUCAGCACAGCCUCCCCGUCCCUGCCCCGCUCUCUCCCCCACAGGCACUAGGGCUGCUUGCAGAGUCUGCGCACCUUUGCCCUCCCUCGCCUCUGCAAAUGACUAAUGCCUCAGGGCUCCUGGGGGCCCCCCUGACGUGGGCAACCGGGCUGCAGGUGGACCGCGUGGGGAACAGCUCCCGGGGCCCCUCGCAGCUCUUCCUCACCACGGCGCUGGCCCGCGGCAUCUCGGGCGUCUUCGUGUGGACCGCCCUGCUGCUCACCGGCCACCAGAUCUACCUGCACCUGCGCUCCUACACCGUCCCCAACGAGCAGCGCUACAUCAUCCGCCUGCUUUUCAUCGUGCCCAUCUACGCCUUCGACUCCUGGCUCAGCCUCCUCCUCCUGGGGGGCCACCAGCACUACGUCUACUUUGACUCCGUGCGGGAUUGCUACGAAGCCUUUGUCAUUUACAGCUUCCUGAGCCUCUGUUUCCAGUACCUGGGGGGCGAGAGUGCCAUCAUGGCUGAGAUUCGGGGAAAACCCAUCCGGCCCAGCUGCUUCUAUGGCACCUGCUGCCUUCGGGGCAUGUCCUACUCCAUCGGGUUUCUGCGCUUCUGCAAGCAGGCCACGUUGCAGUUCUGCAUUGUGAAGCCCAUCAUGGCCUUGGUCACCAUCAUCCUGCAGGCGUUCGGCAAAUACCACGACGGGGACUUCAACAUCCACAGCGGUUACCUGUACGUCACCCUCAUCUACAACGCCUCCGUGAGCCUGGCCCUCUACGCCCUGUUCCUUUUCUACUUCGCCACCAGGGAGCUCCUGCGGCCCUUUGAGCCUGUCCUCAAGUUCCUCACCAUCAAGGCCGUCAUCUUCCUCUCUUUCUGGCAGGGGGUGCUGCUGGCCAUCCUGGAGAGGUGUGGGGUCAUCCCUGAGGCCCAGGUCAUCGAUGGGAGCAGGGUGGGGGCCGGCACGGUGGCCGCCGGCUACCAGAACCUCAUCAUCUGCAUCGAGAUGCUCUUUGCCUCCGUCGCCCUGCGCUACGCCUUCACCUGCCAGGUGUACUCGGAGAAGAAAGAGCACUCGCCAGCCCCCACGGCGCCCAUGCAGAGCAUCUCCAGCGGCCUCAAAGAGACCGUGAGCCCGCAGGACAUCGUGCAGGACGCCAUCCACAACUUCUCGCCCACCUACCAGCAGUACACGCAGCAGGCCACACACGAGGCCCCGGGACCCGGCCCGGGCAGGGACCCCUUGCCCAGCGCCCACCCUGGCACGGCCAGUGGCUCCGGCAGGGGCAGGAAGAGCCGCAACACGGAGAAGAGGACGCUGAUCCCCACGGAGGAGCUGUAGGGGGUCCUGGGGUCAGCGGCCGCGUGGCCACCGGGAAAGGACAGGGCCCCUCUCCCAGCGACCCUCUUGCCAAAGGUCAGGCUCUCCUGGGCCCCUCCUGCCAGGCCCGUGGAGCCCACUCGGCCCGUCCCACCUCUGGCCGGUGGAGCAGGUCGCUUGGUAGCCCUUCCAGGCGCCCCGGGGCCGCACCAUCGCCUGCUGGGCCCUUGGCCUCAGAGGAGGGCACCUGAGCCUACCUGACAAGCCCGGGGACCUGCCGGGCUCCCCUAGCCAUCGGCUCAGGUGGCCUCCCUGGAUGGACAGCUCCCGGGCGGGGCUGGGCAGCCCGGAGCUGCGGGCCUUGCGGGCAGGGGGCAGGGUGGCCCCGUGGAGGAAGGGCUGGUGUGGCUGCUGGGAGUCUGGGAGGGGCUGGGGCCACCGGUGGAGGGCUGUGGCUUCCUGGUGAACUACACUUAUUUAUGCAUAAACAGCCUGGGUUUUCUAGUGACUCUAGUGGCCUAUGUUCCUGCAGGGUCAGCGCUCUAAUGAACGGACCACAGUGAGGUAGACGGAUGAGACCCAUCGUGCGAAGUCUGGGUGCAGCGGGGAGGGUCCCCAUCCACUCUGGGGCCGCGGGCCACAGUAGCAGCUCAGAGCAGGCAGGCAACGAGCUCCGACUAGAGCCGAGAUGGCCUGACCCGCCGUGCGCACGGCUGUGUGGUCCGGAGCCUUGGCUCCCCCAGUUCAAGGCCCCGUGCCAGCCCCACCCGAGGAGGGGGCUGGCGCCCAGGAGCCUGGGACGCAG